AUGGAUUUAGUUGAGGCCAAUAUACGUGUGAGUGGUAACGCUGAAGGUCAACUUACGACACGGUUUUUUUCAAUGCCAAACAUCGAUGUGAUGACCCCUUCAUUGGAAAUACAAGCACCUCAUGAUACAGCUGUAGUACAAACAGAAUUUGAGACCCUGACAGAACCCUAUGUGGCGAUGCCUGCAGUCGUUAAUGCGGGCCAGCAGGACAAAGUGGUAAUAACCGAGAACACGGUUAAGCCUAGACGCCGUUCACUUUAG